UAUCACAGCUCAAGUUUUCAAUUUGAAUGCAGUGAUCCCUACCCGCCCCGUUGUACCCGACUUCCGUCAACCAAGCGAAACCCUACCGGAGCUGCCAUUUACUUCUCCUCCGGUCAGCCCAUUCCGGUUGUUCUUCGCCGUUCACAGCUCACGCCUCACGAAAAAGAUGCCGCUGGGGCUCAUUUUAGGAAUAGGAAGAGCAUUUCGAAGGAAGCGAACGUCUUCACUUGACAUUCUAUCGCCAAAACGUGCUCCUCGAGGUUAUUACAAGGGCAAGAAUUGCACGCCUACUGGUUUCCACACUCGCAAAGGUGGGUAUGUGUUGGUGCAAGAAAAAUUGCCAAACUAUGUAGUCCCUGAUUUGACUGAUUUUAAGCUCAAACCAUAUGUAUCUCAGUGUCCUAGAGAAGUCAAUACCUCAGAGGCUUCUCAAAUGACUAAAUAACCAAGUAGAGUAGUAUAGGAUACUUUCUUUGUAGCUGCAGACAUUUUUCCAUUGGGAAGAGUUGGAACAGUGACUGCUCGUUCUUUUUUCUUUUGAAAUUUUAUAGGUUGACGGUUGGUGUUUGAUGUUUGUUGAUGCACGUUAGCACGCCCUUGUUUUGCCCGUUUAUUUGGAUUUGAAUUUGAGACAAUUUCAAUCUUCUAACCAAGUCACCGUUACUUUUAUAAUAAAAAAAACCUAGGUUUUCUUUCUAUUCAUGAGUGUUCAUUUGCGUAUAA